UCCGGAUCAGCCCAAAACGACAGCACUCUAGAUACUUGUAUCGCUAGAAAGUGUAGAACUUUCGGAAGCCAAAAACCCAUAUAAACCACAGGAUAUCGCCAAAGAGGCAAAAGGGUUCAAAAAUCGCGGCCACCAAAUGCAAGAUGGUUCCGGACCAACCAGUAAAAAUGCAGUCUGGGCCGCCGUUACCUUCGCAAAAAAGUACUAUAGCCGGACAGACUGCGGACAGUUUUGCAACUGUUCCGUCCACGCACUCGUACGGCGGCAUCCCGACUUCGUCCGGCACCAGCUACGUUUCUAUUGGAAUCUUGCCAGGGUUGGGCAGUAUACCGACCGCCACGAGCGGGACGCUGCCAUUGCUUCUGCCUACAACGAGUCCUUCGACCACAACCUUCAAAACGACCCCCUUGCUGCCGAUGCCGUCGUUGGAAGACAUCGAGGUGGCCAACCAGAUUCAGACACAGAUUCAGACACAGAGCCAGGGCCAAGCACUAGUGCAGCAGCAGCAGCAGCAGCAUCAACAGCAGCAGCACCAGCAGCCGCCCGCGGGAAUCCUUAAAUACCCAAACCCUCUUCCACCUCCCAGCGUCAACUAUAUCGGAGAGCUAAUGCCACUCCCACUCCCAAUCCCACCCACCAGCACCCCCACCCCCACCACAACGAUGAGCAGCGGCAACUGUGGGACCCUCAAGAGUACCGCCAAGCUGCUGCCGCUCCAGUUGAUGGCCUCCGCCGGACCACCGCCCAACCAUCCACCAUCGAUGUCGCUGCCACCAGCCUCAGCAGCAGCCUCGAUCCAGGCGCAGGCCCAAGCCCAAGCCCAGGCGCAGGCGCAGGCGCAACAACAGCAACAGCAGCGUCAUCGGAGGCGCCACGGCUGGUGCGGCUGCUUUGGAUCGGGUGGCCGCAACACCAGACCAGUCGAGAAGACAACACCGCCUCCGCCGGGCUAUACCACCAAGUCGAAGAAGCGCAAGCCCAAGUCGCAGACAGUCUGGUCGGCGCUGCUCACCAAUCUGGGCAUCUGCAUGCUCCUUCUGGCCUACACAUUGUUGGGCUCCUUCAUAUUUCUAACCAUCGAGAACGAGGACUCGGCGCUGCUGCAUCAGCAGCACACACUGGCAAGCACCAAGCGUAAUCUUGCGGGGAUUGGGACUGGCAGUGCUAUAGGGAAUGGCAUUUAUCAGCAGCAGCAGCAGUCGCCACACCAGCAAAGGUCGCCGCAGAUGCACCACCAGCAGCAGCAGAAACAGAAGUUGCAGAAACAGCAGCAGCAGCAGCAGCAGGCAGGACAACGACAUCAUCGACCAGGACAACACACUGUGGACAAUGACACGGUGGCGGCAGCAGUGGCUGCCGCCCAGGGAUUGCUGCCAGGACAUGGCGGUGGUACCUCCUCCUAUGGCAUGGCCCCACAGGGAGCAUCAUCGAAUGACUUUGUUUAUGGCGUGGAUGUGGCAGACGAGGCAGAAAUGCAGGAGAAUGCUGGAGGAAUGCCGCAGUUUGGACUCGGACUCGGACUGGGAAUCUCGCCGGAUACUUACGAUGUGAGGCAGCGGACCAUUGAGAAUAUCUGGGACAUAACCGUAUCGCUCAAUAUACUCUACAAGGAGAACUGGACAAAAUUGGCAGCACUGGAAAUAGCCAAGUUUCAGGACCAAUUAAUCAAGAGACUGAACGAGGAUGUUAUGCUGCAAUUAUCACACGAGGAUAUGGCCAACGCAGGCGUCGGGGCCGGUGGCGCCUCCGGCAGCGGCAACAAUCCAGCCACGGAAGCCGUUCUACUUCACACCCACUUUUAUCAUCAUCGUGCCGCAGGCGGAGGAGUGGUUCCCGGCGGCACUGGUGGCCCUCCGCACGAGUGGAAUUUUGCCAAAGCGUUUUUGUAUUCGCUGACCGUUUUGACCACAAUUGGCUAUGGCAACAUUGCGCCACGCACCACUCUGGGCAGGAUCGUGACUUUGGUUUACGCACUUUUCGGCAUUCCCUUGACCCUGGUAUAUUUGAGCAGCACCGGCAGCAUCCUGGCCAAGAUCGCCAGGGAGGUGUUCUCGAAGGCUCUGUGCUGCUGCCUGUGCUCGAACUGCGGCUACUGUUGCUACGACGAGAAGCGGAUGGCGGAGAAGGAGCGGCGCAUGCGGCGGAAGCGGCAGCAGGAGGAGCUACGCAAGCAGCAGGCGGCAAUGCAGGAACCGUACUACGUGAGGGAUGUCUACCAUACCACGCCCGAGAAGCAGGCGGAGGCAGAGGCCGCUGGGGGCGGUGCCCCGCCGGCGACGGUGGCCUCGGUGUCCAACUCCUCGGGCGGACUGUCGGGCAUUAGUGUUGGCGGUGUCGGUGGCGGCGGCGGCGUUGCUGGCGGUCCCCCCACAUCCCUGCCGAACGACAUUGACUCGCUGAGCGCCAGCGAGUCGCGCGGCUCCAUGCACGGCCUGAGCAUCAUGGCCCCCAUCCUCCUCUGCUUCUCGAUGAUGAUCAUCUAUAUUGUGUUUGGUGCCGCGGUGCUGUACCGUCUGGAAAAUUGGCCCAUCGUCGAUGGCAUCUACUUCUGUUUCAUGAGCCUCUCUACCAUCGGAUUCGGAGACAUGCUGCCGGGACUGCGGCGGGAGUCGAACACCACCACCUGGUUCUGUUCGGUGUACAUCAUGUCCGGCAUGACCCUCACGGCCAUGUGCUUCAACGUCAUCCACGAGGAGAUUGUCCAUCGCAUUCGCAUUGUUGUCGACUUCAAGAAAACCGAUUUGGCUAACUCUAGCACCGGCUUGCCCCCAGGCGGACCUGUAAUCGUCGCUGGCGCUGGCUCCGGUGGCUCCAUGAUGGACCUGGGACCCGAUGAUGCUGGCCAGUACUAUGUCCCGGCCUCCUCCUGACAUUACGAGAGACGGGCGCAUCUCUAUCAGCGCAAUCCCACCGAAGAGACCCUGGUAACAGACACACCCACAUCGCUAGUGCUGAAGGACUAUGUUAAUCACGAGCUGGUACCCAUCCUGACCAUGGA